CUCGCCCCCACCCCCCGUCGCCACGAGGAAGUAGCUGUUGUUUGGCCGGUGACGCCGCUUGUACACGUAGCCUACCAGUAGGAUGUGGCCAUUGAAGAUGGUGGCGUUGUGUCAAAGUGUCUGCCCUGCGCAUUUCUGCAACUGAUUUCAAACUCUCUAGUGACAUUUUCUGGAUCGACUUGAUCAUCGCUCCUCCGCUGCCAUGCAGCCCCCGCCUCGGACCGGACCCCCGGGAGCCUCUGGGCCUCCUCCUUCCGGGCCGAAUAUGUUUCGCAGGACCAGGCCGCUGAAACAUACAGCAGCGUCAACAGCAGCUGCGCCUGUUUCAGUGCCACCCUCUACCCAACCCAUGACAGACCCAUUUGCUUAUGUCCAAGGCCCACCUCCUGUGGCUGCAAGGGGCGUCCCGGUACCCCACAGCAACUCUCUCCUAACACAAGCCUCACCCGAUUCCACCUACACUCUUCAAGGCCCAGGUCUAACCCCGCAACCGCAGACAUUGGAGGGUGUCCCACCUGGUCCAGCCGGCCCCCCGCCGUCCUCUCUGCCACCGGUGCCCAUGCUCAUUCCUCAGAGUUCAGCAGCCGCUGCUGGUGUUCAUACAGGUUAUGCGCCUUCGCAUUCCGAACAAGGGUACUUUAACUCGAGAGAGCAUACGUCAGCCGUAGCUGCAGAACCACCGUCUGUGCCAGCAGGCCCAGUACCAUUUAAUCAGGAAUCCCACGCGCAGUCUCCUCCUCAGCCUGUCACCUUCCAGCCAGUGCCUCCUCCUGCCUCCUCUUCUCAAAGGACCUCCGAGCACGGAAGUCGUCCUCCAUCUGUUCAGAACUAUUUUCAGCCUACAAGUGACCCUCCACAACAGCCUUUUAAUACACAGCCGCAGGUCCAGAUGUACCCCUCGAAUGCCCCUACCCCUCCGACACAGUUUGGGCAUCACCAGAUGCAAAAUCCUCUUCCACAUCAGAACCCCGGAAAUGCCCCCAGCUCUCAUUAUGCUGGACUAAAUAUGACCCACCAGCAGAACUCUCAUUUCCAACACCAGAGCUACUUCAUGCAGACCUCUGCCCCACAGGACGUAUGGUUCAAUCAGGCGCCACAGGACCCAGGCUACCACCAAGUGAUGACUGGCCCGGUCCACUUGCAGCCUGAGUCAGACCAUGGAGCUCAUCGUUUACCUGACACGGGUCCCCACCACGGCUCUGCUUCUGCGGCAGUUCCGUAUGCUCAUGAUUCUGGUACACUCUCCAUGUUUUUCAACGAUGAUGUAGAAAAUGAGGAGACCUUGGCCGGAGAGCGAAAAAAGGUCCUGAAUGGCAUUCCUGAAUCCUCUCAACCUCGGAGUACUCCGCAAGGUCUUCCAGAUGUUCCUACUGAUAACCAAGGAUCUCAUCUUCAGGACCAUUCACAUGUACCAUAUAUGAAUGACGGAAAUGCCGCAUUACAAGGAAGGAGUCCAAAUCCUCCGGAUGCCCAGUAUGACCACGUAGAGAAUUUUGAGUGCAUCCCGAACCAGGAAGUGUUGCCCAAUGAAAUUCACGGCAGUCCCGCUGGAUUACCUGCAUCCCACGGAAUAGACAGCUACGAAACUGGCCCCAACCUGGAGACUCCGGACUCUAUUCCCAGACCAAUAAGAUCGGCUAGUGCGUCAUCAAACUACAGUAAUAUGAGUCAUGGAAGUGGUACUGCCGGUCGUCGACACCAAAGUGUAGUUGGCACCUUUAUUCAGCAGGAAAGCCCCCGCCUCGCUGAGGAUGCUAACUUAACUUCCACGGUUGUUGCUGCCGCUGGGGGCUACUUUGAACAAAUUGACUCUUCUCCAGCUGGAGAAGUGGCCGCCCAGCCGAGCUCUUCGGAGCAAAUCUGGCCCUCUACGCCUAGCCCGCCAAAACCAACUGGUACCUUCCAGGCCAGUGCUAACAGCUCAUUUGAGCCCGUCCGCUCGCACGGGGUUGGGGUGCGCCCUGCUGAGGUUGACAGAGCUAAAAUGGUAGCGGAAGGUGGCACAGAUCCUACGUUGGGCAAUCUGGAGCAGCCACCAGAUAAUAUGGAAAAUAUCUACGGGCCGGGUCACCCUCUGCCUAUUGGUGUACCGCACCUGACGAACCCCGUGGUUCAGUCUCACUCCCGACCCUCAUCGCGUGCCUUUGGCGCCAAUCGACCCUGUGAGAGCCCUGCCACGACUUUAUGGGCCCAGGGUGAGCCAUCCAGUUUGGGUGCUAGCAUCCUGUUAGCCCCCGCAGCCCCGACUGUUCUCGCUCCACUAAGGGAGCCUAGUGCGGAUGUGAUACAACCUCCAGAAGAUGGUCCACUUGACCUUCAACCUCCUCAAAGAAUCCCACAACAACAUUCAGAGAACCUGGAAAACCCACCUAAGGUGAGUGAGUUAGACACCGCGAGCGCUCAAGACAACCUGGGCUAUGCGUCUCUCCUUGUGUCUGAAUCGCUCCAGCAGCCUGUUCUGAUUGCCCCACCGAUAUCCAACUCUGCGAUUCCCCCUAGUACCUCGGCUCAAACGGCCAGUUUAAGUACUACCGCUGUAAGAGCACAUGGACAAGGCAGCGGUAUUUCUCUUGCACCUGCGCUUUCCCCCAAUCAAAAUCCACUCUGCACCCCUGCUCCUACCUCAAACUCAGUCCCGCUCAAUCUGACUCGCGAAAGUGCUCAAGUGGCACCUUCCAGAACCGCUUCAGCACAGCCACAUCCAGUCCCCCCCUCUUUUUCUCGCGGCCAAUCGUUGAGUGGAGACCCCCACUUGGUUCUCCCCGUUAAUCCAUCUCUUCCGACCGCUUCUCUUACCAAUCACAAUCAGCCGUCAAAUUAUGAACUCCUUGAUUUUUCUAUGCACCAAUCACAGAGCCAAAAUCAAGCAUCCGGCCAUCCUUCUGCUUUACACGAGUCUCCGCAGUCGAGUAAUGGAUUUUACAUGCAGGUGACCAAAGAUGCGCAACAAGCCCUUAGACCGGAUGCGAAUGCUCCCGUUCAGACUUCAGGUCCUUCUGCUCCACUGCAGGUCACCGCAGCUUCUUUAUCGUCCGCCCCGCCGGUCCUGCCAGUUUCAUCACCGUCCGCUCCAGUGGUCCCGACAGCCCCGUCGUCAUCUGCCCCACAAGUCCCUCCGGCGUCUUCGGUUCCGCUGACUUCUUCUAUAGCUGGCGCAAACACUCAGCAGCCCCCAGCAGAACCUGCAAGGGCACAAGAGGCAAAUGCUGCAGCACAGGAGCGAAGUGAUGCCUCUUUUCCUGUAAGGGGAGCCCAGCCUUUCCCUGGCCAAUAUCCAGCCCAGAUGCAAGGAUCUGCUGCUGUUGCUGCCGCAAGUGCUCCUCCAGGCCAACUCCCUCCUGCGUCUUCUCGGCAAGCUCCCGCAGAGCCGCCUCGACCGCCUUCUUCCACUGGCAGCCAGCAGGGCUACGCGCACCCUCCUGCCGGCCCGGGGCACACGUAUGGAGGCUAUUACGGGAACUACGGCGAAUACCCCGACGGCCGAGCACCGUAUCCUCCUGGGCCAUACCCGCCGGGGGAUCCAAGAGCUCAGCAGUAUUAUCAGGAUGGGCCGUAUAGAGCCAGAGGAGAUCCUUGGUACGGCAGGUACGAGGGGCCCAACCCAGCUUACCGUGACCCAAACUAUCAGUACCGAGAGCCUCAGCCAGAACGACCCAGCUCCAGGUCCAGUCAGUACUCUGAUCGUCCCUCAUCCAGGCAAGGCUACCCCGAGGACUACCACAGAUCGAACCGAAGUGCCUACGAUGAAUAUUAUCCAAAUUAUGCCAAGCACUAUGAUUAUGGAGGAUACAACUACGGACAGUACGACCCUCGAUACAGAGGAUACUACGAUCAGUCCUACUGGCCCACUUAUGAGGACCCGUACAGAAGCAGAGACAACUACUAUAAUCAACAAAUGUAUCCUGCCAGCAGGAAAGAAGGCUACGAGGACCAGUGGCGCUACUACCCCGGUUACGACAGCAGCUUCGACGACGACUACCGCCGGCGCGGUGGCGAUGCCUACAAUGACGACUUUGACCGGCGCAGUGUGCACAGUGAGCAGUCCGCUCACAGCGUGCACAGCUCUCACAGCCACCGGAGCAGACGUAGCAGCUUCAGCUCAAGAUCCCAACGGAGCCAACCGGACUUGGUCUCAGCGGUCUAUGAUGCCACAGCAUCCACACUUGCUGCAGACUACUACGGACAGUACCCAAACCAGACCGACGCAUCCCAGAACUACGGACAGUACCUCUAUCAAACUGAGUACACGGCAGACAGCACCUGGAUCACCCCUGAACAGCCUCCCCCUCGUCCGGCCACCCCGGAAAAGUUUACCAUUCCCCACCGUUGUGCCCGCUUUGGACCCGGUGGUCACCUCGUCCAGGUUCUACCCAAUCUUCCCUCAGCAGGACAGCCUGCUCUUGUUGAUAUUCAUAACUUGGAGAUAAUGCUGCAGAACACUGCGGCUCAGGAAGAACUGCUAACAUUCCCUGGACCACUCGUCAAGGAGGAGACCCACAAGGUGGAUGUGAUAAAAUUCUCCCAGAACAAAGCGGUGGCGUGUUCCCAUGACAACAACCUCUUAGACAGAGACUCCGCCCGCUUGCUUUGGGACUUCAUUGUGCUGCUGUGUAGACAGAAUGGGACCGUGGUGGGCACCGACAUCGCCGACCUGCUGCUGAAGGAGCAUCGCUCCGUGUGGCUGCCGGGCAAGAGUCCAAACGAAGCAAACCUGAUCGAUUUCAACAACGAGCCGCUGGCCAGAGCGGAGGAGGAGCCGGAAGCCGGACCGCUGGCCCUCCUGUCGCACAUCUUGACGACAGUCCCGGAAAACGUCGGCGAAGAAACUGAGCACUUCAGGGAGCUGCUGCUGUUCGGUCGCAAGAAGGAUGCGCUUGAAGCAGCUAUGAAAGGAGGUCUGUGGGGCCACGCUCUCCUUUUGGCCAGUAAAAUGGACAGCAGGACACAUGCACGUGUCAUGACAAGGUUUGCCAACAGUUUGCCCAUCAAUGACCCUCUCCAGACUGUCUACCAGCUCAUGUCGGGUAGGAUGCCUGCUUCAGCUACUUGCUGCGGAGAGGAGAAGUGGGGCGAUUGGCGCCCUCACCUGGCCAUGGUGUUGUCUAACCUUACGCACACUUUGGACCUGGACACUCGCACCAUCACCACCAUGGGCGACACUCUAGCUUCGAAGGGGCUGAUUGACGCCGCACACUUCUGCUAUUUAAUGGCUCAGGCCGGUUUCGGCGUUUACACCAAGAAGACCGCCAAGAUGGUUUUGAUCGGAUCCAACCACAGUUCCCCCUUCUAUCACUUUGCGACCAACGAGGCAAUCCAGAGGACGGAGGCCUACGAGUAUGCGCAGUCUCUGGGCUCCCAGCCUUGCUCCUUCCCCAAUUUCCAGGUCUUCAAGUUGAUCUACGCGUGCCGUUUGGCCGAAGCCGGCUUGAGUGCUCAGGCAUUCCACUACUGUGAAGUCAUCUCUCGGACGGUCCUCGUGCAGCCAUCCUACUACUCCCCCGUGUUCAUUAGCCAAGUCAUUCAGAUGUCCGAAAAGCUGCGGUUCUUCGACCCCCAGCUGAAGGAGAAGCCCGAGCAGGAGUUGUUCAAUGAACCCGAUUGGUUGAUCCACCUCAGGCAGCUGGAUGGGCAGAUCAGAACGGGGGCAGUUACCUACACAUCCGACAGAAGAAGUCCCACGCAAUUCACCAGCAGCAGCCCCAGCUCGGACCUGGAUCAGCCCACUCCAGCGGAACCGAACGACAUCGCGUCGCUGGAAUUGGACGGUCCCGGCUCCGACAAUCCACUGAUGAGCUCGUUGCUGCCCGGGCCGGCACCGCAGGGCGUGCAGCUCAUGCCUCCGGCGCCCACGUCCAUCCUCCAAGACGGGAUGGCCGCGCCUCAACCCCCCUACGACAUGCCCCAGUUCUACCCAGUACCGCCCAGCGGGCCCGCCGGUCACGUUCCCGUGUCAGGCUACCCUCCGCACGACGUGGCCUACGCGCCUCCCCAUUUCCAGCCUCCACCCGUGCAGUCGGACAUGUAUCCGGGAGUUCACCAGCACCCCGGGCUCCCGCCCCCCCACAUGGGCCAGACGUCCCCCCACGUGCCCCAUUCGCCGGUGCAAGGGAGCCACCCGCCGCUCCAGAUGCCGGCGCACGUGCCGCCUUCGCCCGGGCACAUGGGCACACCCCCAGAGAUGCAGGUCAACCAGCCGACGUCCCCCCACAGAAGCUCCCUCACGCCGCAGAUGGACUUUUAUGACCACAUGGCGCAGCUGGCUCCUGGCAGGAGAUCGAGGACCACAUCACAGUCCUCGUUGCACCGGGCUUCGGGCCGGCGCUCUCGCACCACUUCCGAGUCCUCAACUCACUCGGGUGGUCGCGACCGGAGCAAUUCUGCGGUGAAGCAGGCCUCUCCUCCGCCCCCCUCCAUUCCUGAGCAGCCCCGCAAAGAGGACGCCAAGAAAAGCAAGAAGGACUCUCCCAAAAAGAGCGGCGGCGGUGUGGGCUGGCUCACGACUUGGCUCUACAGGAAGGGCAAGAACGAGGCUCACUUACCGGACGACAAAAACAAAUCGAUCGUGUGGGAUGAAAAGAAGCAGAAAUGGGUCGACUUGAAUGAGCCUGAGGAAGAGAGUAAACCCCUUCCACCACCUCCCUCUGGGUUCCCCAAGAUGGCUCCCAUGCCUGUUCCUUCAGGACCCGCCGCACCCCCGACCAGCGGCCCUCCAGUCAACAUGUUCUCUCGGAGAGCUGGCUUGAAGAGCAGAUACGUGGACGUGCUGAACCCCGGCGGCGGUGCCAAAGCAGCCGGGAUGGCCCCCGCUCCUCCGAUGGACCUCUUCGCUCCCCUGGCGCCGAUGCCCAUGCCCACCAACCUAUUUGUGCCUAGUUCAGCUCCCAUUGAUCAACAACCUCGAGAAGCCAGCGAAGGAGGAAAUCAGGAGCAGAUGUCACCAAACAGCUCAGUUCCACAGAUGUUCAAUCCGACGCUGUUACCGCCCGUGCCGCAAGGUCCUCCCGCCCUGGACGGCUCCCAUUCCGGAGAGCUGUCACGUUCUAGCUCAAUGAGUUCUUUAUCGCGAGAAGUGAGUCAGCAUUUAAACCAGAGUCAUCCGGGCCUGAGAAACGCACCUGUAGGGGGCGGCGCCUUUUUAUAACCCACAACAGACGCCGCCAUCUUGUAAACUGACUUCCCGCGCUACCCGGAAGCCGAUAAGCGCGAAAGCGGACGUGCUGCUCUAUCUCCGGACGAACGGCCCGUUCACUCUUUAAAGUUCUAUUUUUUAAAACACGCCUGGUGUUUCUAUUUUUUUUUUUUUUUUUGUCUUAAGCAGAACUACAACACGGGCAUCAUUUAGUGUACAAAUAAAAGCUCUUGGCUCUACUGUUAGCAGCGCAAGCAGCCUCCCGUUUCUACCUUUCAUGUCUUCAACUGAUUCGAGAAAGGAUGUUUUUUUUUUUUUUGGUAAUAAUUUCGUGUCGCUGAUGUUCUUCCGGAGACAUUUGAAGCAUUUGUCUAGUAGCGCAUUGUCUGCUGUGUCGUGUGCCCCCACCCCAAAAGGAACAAGACUGGAUGUGAGGACGCUGCAUGUUUCCACAUAUUUAUAUAAACGCUCUCCUGUCAAUCAAACGACUCAACUAUGAAAUCAAAAUAUUGUGUAAUGAAGCAACAGGUGCAAAAAAAAGAAAAGAAAAAUCUAUCCAAUUGUUUGUAUGUCAGAUUGAUUGUAUUUAUGAGCUCGAGACAUAACUUGUACGAGAGCGAGUGUGUGGGGAAAACCAAUUUUUGUGUGAAUAGUUUUGAUGAGAAAGCAUUUAUGCAAAUGUCACCGAUUCACGUUUGUUCAUGCAACAAAUUAGCAAAGUUGUACUUUUAAGUACUGUAAUUUACUACUAACAUGAUUUUUAAAUGGAAUAACUUCUCAGCCCCCAGUCCCUAAGCUCAUUAUUUUUUUUGUGUGUGUUUUGUUUUGUAGAUUUGAUUUUUUUUUUUUUGAAAAGGUCCCCUUUCGUUUCAGCAAAUUGGUUGUGUAAAAUAUGAAGGCAAAUACUUAAUAAAAAGGUAUUUUUGCGCUCGA